CAACAAUUGCCGUAAGUAACCACGCGACCGGCUGAGGCGACCAACCCCCGCGCAGUCCCAUUUACGCCUCCCGCGCCCAAACAUGGCCGCCGUCGACGAUGUGACGACGUACUGCUUUGCGUCGGUGAACGACGACGCGAGUGGAAGCCUGGACAAGGCGAACGGUGGGCUGUGCCCCGGCCAAGUGACGGUGGUGCCAUUCCAGUCCCCAGCCAUUGUUGGCGAUGCCGUGCAGGUAUCGUGGACCGUCGCAAUCACGACAUCGUCCGUGACGUUCAAGACCAUUAAUCCAUUGACGACCGACAUCCUUCACUCGACGUUGUACUUGUGCCCUGGUAACGAUCGCCGUGUGGCAUGUGGAAAUCGCAUCGACUUGCUCGCUUCCACGGGGGGUAUCCGUGGCACCAAGUUUGCGCCGGCCACAGGCACAGCGCAGUUCUCGUCGACCGUCAAGUUGUUAGCAGGCCCGGGUCCGUUCACCCUCGUCGUGAAAGCGACUGUCGUUUCCAACUACACGAAAGAAAACGUCACCCAGCCAGCGUUCAUCGAUAUGGUGACGUACCGAAACGUGCAGCUCGUCGAGCCCGACCCGACGACCGAUGCGACCCCCAUUGCGCUUGGAAUUGCCGGCGGCGUGAUAGGGUUGGUGCUAUUGAUCGUGCUGGGCUGCUGUUGGCACCGACGGCGCCAGCGCGAACGCACCGAACGCCAAAUUGCCACGUAUGCUGGCGCGUACAUCGUCCGGUCGCGCGUCAACAGCUACGAUCGCGAUCCAUCUCGUACGACCCACCGCGAACUGAGUCACUACUCGUCCCACGUGACGCAGCCGUCGACGUUUCAUGGCCCCGACCAGAACCUACACUACCAACCCCACCACCACACGACCGCAGAUCCAAACGUGAACUACGAUUUGAAGCUAACGCAAUAUUCGUCAGCGUCCGUGUCGCCUAUGUCGGAUAGCCCGUCGACCACGUCACCGACCCCGACGGCCGAGGCAACUCCUAGCUACCUCAACUUUGCCAUGUCCCCCUUGGUCGAAGACGAGCUCGAUAUAUCGCGGUCAGUGAGCUUCUCCAGCCUCGAUCCGCCACAAUCGUUUGACGAAGGCAACGGAUAUCUCAACUACGCGCUGUCCCCGCUCGUCGAACACAGCCAUUCUCGUGGGUUUGACGCACUGCGCGGCGGCAUGGAGAUGGUGCAUGAAGAGGACUCGGACGACGGGAUGCUGCCGCUCCCGCGUGACCCUCGCACGAGUGGGUAAUCGGCCGUCGUUUUGUCUAGUCGGCGGAACAACGUCUGAUCACGGCGCGAUCGAAGAUAGAUGACGAGUUGAAGCGCAUCGGACAGACGUCUAGCGCCUUUUAAUUUAUACGCUACGGAUUCACGACGCCGGCCCCAGGUCAUCUCACUGCGGUGAUGGUGAUGUUACAGUUAAAUAGUUGUCGAUCGUUGGCUGUACAAGCGAGAGCGUAGUGCGA